AUGACUCGUGCUGGUCGCCGCCCCGUCUUCUUCAAUCCCGCUGCCAAAUCGUGGACGGCGCCGCCGACAGAUUCCCCAGAGUUGGCGUAUCGAUUCCACCAACAGCUGCCGCAGUAUAAGCCAACCAAGUUGAUUCCUCUCGAGGCCCUGGCCAAGCAGCUUGGCGUCCGUGCCAUCCACCUCAAGGACGAGACAUGCCGGCUUGGACUCCCUUCCUUCAAGAUCCUGGGGGCCUCGUGGGGCACCUUUCGAGCCAUCGCCCAGAAACUCAGCCUUCCUCUGGACGCCUCCCUAGAGACCGUCAAACAGGCCCUAUCAUCCACCAGCGUCUCCCUAUACGCAGCCACCGAUGGAAACCAUGGACGGGCCGUGGCUCGCAUGGCGUCCAUCCUGGGUGUCCCAGCCCAGAUCCAUGUGCCCAGGUGCAUGCACAAUGCUACCAUUGAGCUGAUCAAGUCAGAAGGCGCCCGUGUUGUCGUCUCAGAUGGCUUCUACGACAAAGCUGUGGUGGAUGCGCGAGAGGCAGCUGCGCAAGAUGACACCGCCGUCGUGGUUCAGGACUUUGCCUCGGGGGACUAUCUUCAGAUUCCACAGUGGAUCGUCGAUGGAUACCGUACGAUGAUGCUGGAGAUUGAUAGCCAGCUAGGAGCUACUACCCCUGACCUCGUCGUGGUGCCAGUAGGCGUCGGCUCCUUUGCCCAGGCCGUCGUAACGCACUUUAAACAGCAGGGAAAACGAAGCGCAGUUUUGACAGUCGAACCAGAUACGUCUGCUAGUCUCUGGAAGAGUCUCAAGCGCGGAAACUCCUUGACAAUAUCAGAAAAGGCGCCUAGUAUCAUGUCCGGUCUAGAUUGUGGCACUCCUUCAUCCAUCUCCUGGUCAAUGCUUCAGCACGGAGUCGACGCGAGCCUCUCUAUUUCGGAUUUUGAAGCCCAUCAGGCUUGCGGAUAUUUGGCGUCCCAAAACAUACCCGUCGGGCCUUGUGGUGCCGCCCCUGUUGCCGCUUUGAGGAGGCUGGAGGCCUCGGAUAGAGAGAAGUUGGGCCUCACCGGGGACUCUGUUGUUGUCAUCCUUUGCACAGAAGGCGUGAGAGAUUAUGAGGUCCCUCAUGACGUGGCCAGCGAUGACCCCGUAGAAUUGACGCAAACAUUGGUUAGGAUUAACUCAGCUAGCCCCUCCUUAGGAUCUAUCCCUGGCCCUGGAGAGACAGCCAUCGCCCGCUACAUUACAGCCUGGAUGGAGCAUCGGGACAUUGAGACCCACUGGAUCGAGCCAACGCCGGGGCGACCCUCUGUGGUGGGAGUUGUUCGAGGAUCUGGCGGCGGCAAGAGUCUGAUGCUCAACGGUCACACUGAUACCGUGAAUAUUACAGAGUAUGAGGGUGAUCCACUCAGCGGCGAUAUCCGAGAUGGCAAGCUCUAUGGGCGUGGAGCUGCCGAUAUGAAAUGCGGUGUUGCGGCCGCCAUGGUCGCCCUCGCCAAUGCGAAGAAGCAAGGCUUAAAAGGAGACGUCAUCUUUGCUGGAGUAGCAGACGAGGAGUUUGCCAGCAUCGGCACGCAGCAGGUAUUAGAGGCAGGCUGGACCGCCGAUGCCGCUCUCGUGAAUGAGCCGACCAACUUGGAAAUUAUGUACGCACACAAGGGCUUCAUCUGGUUCGAGGUAGAUAUCCAUGGCCUUGCAUCUCAUGGAUCACGAUAUGAUCUUGGUAUCGACGCCAUCUGUAAAGCAGGAUAUUUUCUCGUCGAGCUGGAUAAGCAUGCAACCCAUCUUACGCAGCAGGCUGGCGAUCCCACUCUUGGACCAGGAAGCAUACACGCCUCCAUCAUCAACGGUGGCGAGGAGAUCUCAUCUUACCCUUCCUUUACGCAGAUUCAGCUGGAACGUCGAACCGUCACCGGCGAAACACAAGAGUCUGUUGAAAAGGAACUGCGAGAAAUUCUCGAUGGGCUAGUUGAAAGAAUUCCCAACUUCAAAUACGACAUCCGCGCAACGUUCCAACGCUCACCUUUCAAAGCCUCUCUUGACCAUCCAUUCACCAAACUCGUUCGGAAACAGAUCACUCACACUCUAGGCGAAGAAGCAGUGGUCGUUGGAGCUCCAUACUGGACCGAUUGCGCAUUACUGGCCGAUCAGGGUAUUCCCGUGCUGCUUUGGGGACCAAAGGGAGCUGGACUACAUGGAAAGGUGGAAUAUGUCGAGGUUGAUUCAAUAAAUCAGGUUGCAGAUACACUGACAGCAAUUGCUGCAGAGUUCUGUAGCUAG